AUUUAAGAUUGAAAAUUUUAAAAUUCUAAUUGAGUAUUACUACAGUUGUUUUUUAGAUAAAAAUAGUUAUUACUACAGCUAUUUAGUAGAAUGGAAAAAUGAAAGAGAUAAUGCUAUAACUCUUUUUGAGGAUUUGUUUAAGGAAUAUCAAGGGUUAUACGAAUUGUAGGUUUAAGAAUGGCAAGAUCAAUAGAUGUUUCAGAUAUUUCCAUCGUUUUUUAUCGGGAUUCGAUUGUUUUUAGAAGGAAUUUUUCUAUUUUUUACUGUGCAUGCUAUCAUCCUCUUGAGGUGGACCGAUUCUGAUCGAAAGUGAUGUUUGCAGGUUUAGGUACAAAUUCCAUAAUUGAUAAGUGUAGGUACACUUUGAAUUGCUCUUCUGCUUAGCACUAUUGGUCACCAAAGAGCCAACGUGUAAAUGAAACGCAAGGUCUAUAGGUUUUCGCCCUCUGCAGUUUUCGUCCUCUGCAUUCCAAAAACGCCAGCCGCCAUCUUACCCAUGACGGUAAGGUUUUCCAACCGGCAGUUACGUUUGAUCUAUUCGGGUGCGGUUCAAUUACGCAGACAUUUAGGGCGCGGCGAUAUUUUUCAUGUCUUUCCAGAUGCCCUCUUUCCGAUUACAUGGGAUAUUGGUUUACCCUGCGUUUAAGGUGAGUAAAUUUUCUUGCAAUUAAUCGGAAUUAUGUGCGUUUGUGCCUCUUGGUUGAUUAGGGUUCUACCAAUGUUGUCUCCAUGUAUAAAUAAACUCAUGAUUUGGGUGUUAGCCUGCACUACCAUACAGUGAGUUUGUUCCCACAAGUGUUUGUCUUAGAACUGUUUUUUCCCAUCGAAGAUGUCUUCACCCAUAUCUGCUUUAUUCAACAAGAAGUUGGAUGAUGACAUUCCUAUUCAGAAACUAACGCGUGAGUCUACCAAUUAAGCGAUUAAGGUGCGCGUUUCUCGAUUGUGGGAUGUAUACCAUUUCCAGAAGAAGAAUGAAUUAAUUAGCACUGAUAUGGUGCUGAUUGAUGAGGAGGUACUGUUUUAAGUAUUUUGCUUAUGGCUGUUUUUAAAAUUCUUUUACCAACAUGUAUACUUUUUACUCUACAGAGGUCGUAUAUUCAUGCAAGCAUCAAAGGCAGUUUUGCACAUCUAUUUCGUAAUUCGAUUGCCGAAGGUAGAGUUCAUUAUAUUAAACAGUUUGCUGUUGUUGAUAACAAGGAUCGGUAUCGUGUUGUUGGAGACAACAAACUCAUGCUUCAGCUGCAUGCAACUUCUACCGUUAUUAAACUUUCUGGUGAAACAUCAAGGAUCCCAAUGCACCGCUUUGAUUUACUACCAUUUGAUAAGGUUGUGACAUGAAUGAGGCAAGAUUAUAUUCUUACAGAUGUAGUUGGUCGUGUUUGCUGUGAGGGUGAGAUUGAGGAGAAGCACAUCCAGGAUCGUAAGGUCCCUUGCCUUAUGCUAGAACUGGAGGAUGUGAGGAAUGAUAAAGUGAGGUUGACUUUGUGGGGUGAGUGUACUGUGCAAUAUAUGGAGCAAAAGAAAGCUGUUGAAGGGAGUAUUAUUGCCGGUGUUUUCACAUCCACUAUGGUCAAGGAAUUCAUGAGUUCACCUACUUUAUCUUCUACCACGGCGACGAAAGUGUUCCUGAACAUAGACAUUGAUGAAGUUUUAGCUUUAAAAAACAACUGUGAAAAGGACUCCACAAUUAAACCACUCAUCUUCCAAAAACCAGUUAUCAACAGAGACACUAUUUUAGCGGGUUUAAGGAAUAUUUCAGAAAUUCUUCGCAUUGCUUCGACUGAUUUUGAAGCCGGAUCAUCGUUUUAUUGCCAUGCCGGACAUGCAAGCGAUUGAUAAAAUCAUGUGGAGAUAAGUUUUGGUGCACUAAAUGCAAUAAAAUAGUGGAUGAUGUUGUACCGCGGUAUCGCUUAGAUGUUGGGGUGAAAGAUGACAGCGAGUAUACUCAAUUUAUAAUAUUCGAUACCGAAGCUGAGAAGACUAUGGGCCAAAUAGCAAUGAGCGUGUACGAUAUACAAGAGAAAAUGGAGGGCAAUGAAAUUGACGGGGAGGUGCCAGCGUUGAUUGCCAAUCUUAUUGGGCGUUCUUAUGUAUUUCGUGUUAAACUUACGGAAUACAACAAGACAGCUUAUAAGCAGAGUUUCACUGCCACACACGUCUUUCCAGAAUCUUAUCUAAGAAGUAAUGAAAAAUCCCAGGAAUGUGGGAAUGCACCCAGCACCUCUCGAAAAGAUUAUAUUGAUGACUCCCCAAGUAACAAGAGAUGCUUAAGUGAGGACGGUACUCAUCGUGUGGGGAAAGCAAUUGAAGAAUGAAAAGCUGAAUAUGCCACGUCUUCAUCACCUGCUCUAUGGACAAGAAAUUUAUAUUACUGCAAAUAAAGGAGUACUCUCCCAGAAACAACUGAAUCUGCUAUAGGCUGCUUCGGUUUCUUUAAUUUUAAUGUUGUUUUUCUCAUUUUAUGAAGGAUACUUCCGAAACAUAUGUUUCCUUUGCAUUAUCUAAUACAAAUCGCAUGUUACU